GGUGUCGGUCUUCAUCACUUCUGUGUGUGUUGUAGUGUGAGGGCGCUGCUGUUGGGGAGUUAUGAUUGACAGUCAUAAUGACGACCGCAUACGUGGGCCAUCUCUUCCUCGUGUCCCUCUACAUCACAGUGCUCCACACGGUCCCUGCUCCGGCCAACCUCACUAUAGUGUCCCAUAACUUCCGGCACAUCUUGCAGUGGAGUCCUGGGAUAGCCUCUCCUCCACGCACCGUGUUCAACAUCAAACAGCGCUGCAGUGGAAGAAACUCGACAGUGCGUCUGAACAUCACGAGUACAACAGUAGACGUCUCUGAAACACUGAAGGACAUCUACACACUCUGCACUUUCAUAGUUUGGGCAUCGCUUGACAACACAACAUCAGUGAAAGUGAAAAAAAAUAUUACACCAUACGAAGACACCAUCAUCGGUCCACCCGUUAUAUCCCUGUCUGGCUGUGGGAACUGUCUGAACAUCAGCAUCUCUCCACCCCGCGAAACUCCUGUUACACAACACAUCACUCGCUUUUAUAACUCUAUUGAAUUCAGAAUAAGUUGGAAGAAAGCCGGACAGAGUGAGGCCGAGCACAUCUCUACAGUCGAGAACCGGGCGGUCCUGCAGAACCUUCAGCCGGGACAUCAGUACUGUGUGCAAGUUCUUCCCCAGAUCAACUCCAACAACAACACUCGAGCGUCAGCGUGGCAGUGCGAAUACACCAGUCGAGUGGAGCCAAGAGGCGGGCUGUAUGUAAUGAGCUGGUCUCUGGGAGCGUCGGUGCCGGGUGUAGCUGUGCUCCUGCUAGCGCUGGGUCUGGUCUACACUGGGUUUCUCUGUAAGCUGAAGACGCCUCCUCUUAAAUCACUGAGCAACAUUGUUUCUCAACCCCACGAUCUGAUUCCUGAGGAGACGUCAUGUGAGAAAGUGUCCUCAACCGAGGCUCAGUCAAACAGUGCAUCUAAAAACUAUCCCACCAAAACCAGCAACCCACUGCAUGUGGAGGAGGAUUCAGGGAACCCCCAACACGAGGACAACUAUGCCAACAAGGCCGACUCGGAUGAUGAGGAAGAGGAGGAGGAGGAAGAUAGAGGCGUCUACAUGGGGUGUGUGAUAGAUGACAGUGGUUUAACAGAGGCUGUAGUUUCAUCUUCGCCGGGGAGAUCACAGCACUGCUCUGGAGAGGCCCGGGAAGCAGCCGUCGAGGAGAUCCGGCGUGGUGAAGUGCUGGAGGACAGGAGCACACUUACACACACUCACUCAGAUGAAGAUGCUUCCGGGAACGUCAGCCUGCUCUCAGUCACUCUGAGGGCUCUGGGACCCCAGGACAGCGAGGUGUGUAAACCUCUGCUCCUCGAGUCAGUGCGGGGGUCAUGUGCCUCUGAGGACUGUGUGCUGGAGGAGGAGGAGGAGGAGGAGGAGGAGCUCCUGCUGGAAGACACACCCACAGACACGAGGCCCGAUGUGGACUCCCCGUCGGGAUAUAUGCUGACCCACGCCGGGAACACCAGUGGACUAACCAGGUCCUCGUCAGAAGAGUCGGGGGUUGACACGGACUAUAUCACACGCUGA